AUGUUUACAUCCGGCCAGGUUUGUCUUGUGAAGCUUUGCCGAGGAUCUGCAUUUCAUUUGCUAAUUGGUGGGGGUAAAAUGACAGGAAUGGCUGUGACUGAUUCAGUCAUCCAAAUAAUAGUAUCACAGCUGACCGACCUAGUGGCAUCUCAGUUGCACAACAUUAGAACCCUCGAAGAAAAUUUUACUAUUUUGAGGAAAAAAAUUGAAGUGUUGAAAUGCGUAGAGUCCGACGUGAAGGAAAAACUGAAUUCAGCAGAGGUAUUAUAUGGGAAGGAACCAAAGAGAGAGGUGAACAUAUGGCUGAAAAAUGUCGGAGAGAUCAUAGAAGAAGUGAUUCAGAUAGAAGAGGGUUUUCAGGGCCAAGGGAGACAAUUCUCACUCUCGCGUGCAGAUUUGGGAAAGCUUGUGGAAAAGAAGAUCCGACGGACAGUAGAGCUCCAGCAGAACAGUCGAUUUUUAGAUGGGUUGUUUGCUGAUAUAUUGCCAGACGGUGGAAAGAUACCCACGACAAGACUCGUGGGUGAAAGGAACUUCAAAAAGAUCUGGAACUCCGUAUUGGAUGUUGGGGUUGGAAUAAUAGGAAUCUAUGGUAUUGAUGGAGUUGGCAAGACCACGGUCAUGACCCACAUUCAUAACAAGCUGAAGGACGCUUGUAUUUUCGAUAGCGUUAUUUGGGUGACUGUUUCAAGAGACACUCACAUAGAAAGAUUACAAAAAGACAUAGCAAAGGAGAUAGGUUUGGAGCUUAGGGAGGAAGAUAAUGAAAUGAGAAAGGCAAUGAAAUUGUUUCAGGCUUUGACCCGGAGGAAGAAAUUUGUACUAAUAUUAGAUGAUAUAUGGGAAGCAUUUCCUUUGGAAAAGGUAGGAAUUCCGGAGCCUAAUAUAGAGAAUGGUUGUAAAUUAGUGAUGACUACUCGCUGGGUGGAUUUGUGCAUAGAUAUGGAUUGUCAGAGAGAGUUGAAAGUGGAGCUUCUCUCAAACGAAGACUCGUUUGAAUUGUUAAAGGAAAAACUAGGUGCUGAUGUGGAGGUUACUCCAGAAGUAGAACCUUUUGCAAGGGGUGUUGCUGAAGAAUGCGGCGGCCUUCCACCUCGGAUCAUUGAGAUGGCAAAGGCUAUGAGGAAGAAUGCAAGGAGAGAGAGGGCAUUGAAGGAAAGGGAAAUAGCUUGUAAGUGGAAAUAUGUAUAUGAAAAGUUAAAAUAUUCGACGACAACGCAGCAACAGAGCAGGAAAAUGCCCCUCCAACCCUUGUUUCUGGAAGACGGUGAAGAAGAAGAGCGGGGAACCAAAAGAAAAUCACAAGAACCGGCAUUUAUUGCUUCAAAGUCAUGGUUUGGAGGUUCUUCUCCCAUGACACUAGAAGACCAGAACGGACGAGGAAUGAAAAGAAAAGGAAACGAGCUAUCAUAUGUUGCUUCACCGGGUUCUCCUUAA